CUAAGUUCAACAAAGAAGCCUUACCGAUACAAGCCAAGAACUGUUGCUCUCAGAGAGAUUCGCCAAUUCCAGAAGAGCACAAAACUUCUAAUUCCAGCUGCUAGUUUUAUUAGAGAAUUGGCUGGCACUUCAUCAGAAAAACAAUGACAUCCAUUGCUGGUACUGAUAUCUCACACCAUGGGAGGAGUUCAAACAGACAAUCAAAGUGAAGAUUCUCAAGAGAUGGGAUACGGUUGAUUCAGAAGGCCAUGAAAGAAUGUAUUUCAUCUUGGUUUAUAAAAUGGGAUCUCGAGUUGCUGCUAUGGUUAACGACUUCAAACUCUCUUUCUACAAAAGGGUUUUCCAAGAAGGUUUUUGGCUUCGACUUUCACAGUUUCGCUUGGUUAACUCCGGUUGGAAUGAAAGAACCACAAAUCAUGCUUACAAGAUCAUUCUCAAUCAGAGUUCAAAGGUGAAUUAUAUCAGACCUUUGAGCCAGGAUCUUUUCAUCAAAAUCGUUGAUUUUCCAAGUGUUUACAACUGUCCUUCUCACUACUACCCGAUCGAUUUGAUGGGUAUUUUUGAUAAGGAGAUUGGCAAUGUUGAAUUCGAUUUCAAUGAUGAGAACAGUGUUCCAACCCUAUAUUUUCGUAUCAGUGAUAUAGAGGGUAACACAAUGAACUGUAUCGCACAUGGUGAUUUGGCUUAUGAUAUCAAGGAUAAAUCAAACUGCAAAUUACUUAAAGGAUCAUAUCCCAUAUGUGUAUUGACUGAUUGGGUUGUUAAGAAAAAUGAGAAUGAAAUUACGAUCACUGAUUUUGAAGAAGGAAAGCUCUCACGUUUCUUGGUUCAUCCAGAUAUUGAUGAAGUAAACGAUCUCCGUACCAAGAUUUGGCAAAAGCUAAGGGAUUCGGCCGACAGUCCUUCAUCUUCUGGAACAAGAGAUGUGUAAUUUGAUUUCAUCAAAUCAUGAACUUCUCUUUCUUAACUAUCUUUAAUUUCAAGCCAGUAAUCAAAAGGAGUGAUGUCCUCCUUCUUUGUUGAAUGUUAAGACUUAUGUUUAAUUUCUCAGAUUUCUUUGAAGUUACA